AUGAUUAAUUUAGUCACAUGUUAUGAAAAUGGAGAAGGAACAGAAAAGAAUGUGGAGAAAGCAUUUUAUUGGUAUCAAAAAGUAGGAGAAAAUGAAGUUAAAUUAGUAUGUAAUGAAUGCAAGCAACUAUACAUUGAUUACCAGUGGUGUCAGCAAUGUAAUACUAAACGAUUUCAACAAGAUUUUUCUAAAUGGACUAGUAAAAAUGAAUUUGUUGAUAAAUUUAUUCAAGAAGCACAAUUAAAUGCUAAAAAUAGUUAUGAAUUUUUAGAGUGGAUACCUUAUAAUAUAUUGUCAGGUAUUAAUUAUUAUGAUAAAGGAGGAUUUAGUGAAAUUCAUAAAGCUAUCUGGUUAGAUGGACCUAUUUAUAGUUGGAAUUUUAACAAACAACAAUGGAAUAGAUGUAAUUUUCAAACAGGUUAUGAGGUUAUUCUUAAAACACUUAAUAGUUCAUCAGACAUAGAUAGUAAAUUUCUGGAUGAGGUAUAUUAUUUAUAUUUAGUGGUAAUUUUAUUUUUUUAUGCAUAAUGGAAAUAUUAUUAUAAUUGUCAGAAAAAAUCAUUUUCAAAAUUUAUUCAAUUCUUUGGGUUUAC